AUGGGAUUAUCUGUAGAGGCUGCGGUGUUGAUGUUUAGAAGAGGGUGGGGUAUGGGAUUAUCUGUAGAGGCUGCGGUGUUGAUGUUUAGAAGAGGGUGGGGUAUGGGAUUAUCUGUAGAGGCUGCGGUGUUGGUGUUUAGAAGAGGGUGGGGUAUGGGAUUAUCUGUAGAGGCUGCGGUGUUGGUGUUUAGAAGAGGGUGGGGUAUGGGAUUAUCUGUAGAGGCUGCGGUGUUGGUGUUUAGAAGAGGGUGGGGUAUGGGAUUAUCUGUAGAGGCUGCGGUGUUGGUGUUUAGAAGAGGGUGGGGUAUGGGAUUAUCUGUAGAGGCUGCGGUGUUGGUGUUUAGAAGAGGGUGUGGUAUGGGAAUAUCUGUAGAGGCUGCGGUGUUGGUGUUUAUAAAAUGGUGGGAUAUGGGAUUAUCUGUAGAGGUUGCGGUGUUGGUGUUUAUAAGAUGGUGGGGUAUGGGAUUAUCUGUAGAGGCUGCGGAUUUGGUGUUUAGAAGAGGGUGGGGUAUGGGAUUAUCUGUAGAGGCUGCGGUGUUGGUGUUUAUAAGAUGUUGGGGUUUAUAA